AUGUCCACAGCUCUAGAGCUCACCAAUGUGCAGGAGACAUGGAGGGAGGGGAUGAGACACUCAUGGUGCAUUUAUUUCAUCCACCAGGGGGAGCUUACAGACGGUGGACUCGCUCUGACUCAGGGAGACAAACUGAGAGCAUUAAAGAGUCGACGCCCCCCCCGCCCCGCCACCACCGGACCUCUGAGGAUGGAUGACAUGAAGAUUCACAGCAGAUCAGCAUCUCAGCCGCUCAGGUUAUCGUUGGGAGCCACCCCCCCCUCCCCCCUAAAGUCCUCCAGGUUCCCAUCAUCCUCUGCUUCAGGUGCAGCCAAGAGGAUUGGGAGGAGUCCGUCAUCAACAGCCUCGAAUAUUAGGCGCUCAGCCCUUGGCUCUCGAUUGGCCAGCUCUCUGACAGACCUUUAUGUGGAGGAGGAAACAACAAAUCGUUUUUCUUCUCCUCCUCCUCCCUCCUCCUCCUCUGUGCCUCUAAGCCCCUCCUCCUCCUCCCUGGUCUCGUCUUCUCUUUGUCGCUAUGGUAAUGGCCCUCGCGGUAUGCAGCACGAGGUCAACAACAACAGCAGUCUGUUCGGCUCCACAGCGCCCCCUCCAGGAAAAAGCUUUGUCCACCCAGGGCCCCAGGACUUCAGUGCUUGCAGAGGCCCUGGGCCCUACAGUGCUAUGAAGGGCCCGUCAGGACGCUACCUGAGCCGCUCCAUACCUGUAAGUCCUCUGACACGGCAGCAGCUUAGCCCCGCCCCGUUCUCAUGGUUGGCUCUCUCUCUUCUACUGUCACAAACACACUGGCCACAUAAACUGAUGCCUCACCUGUAGU